UGUUACUCGACACAGCAAGAGAGCGAGAAAGAAACAACGAAUCUCCGUGGAGAAUCAGUCGAAUCUCAACACCAGUGCGAGCGUCGAGACCCGCCGCGGAUCAAUCUAACCUCUAUUGGCUUUGGCAACUGGAAAAUCAGAAGAUAUGUGGAGCAUCGUGGAAUUUGAAGACGGCAUAAUGGCUGUUCCGUCUCUGUGGCUGUCGAAUUCUAAAAAAUUUUGCCAGUAUCCACUGAGUACUAAAAAAGAUGAAAUUUCUAAAGCUGUUCGUCAACUGCAUAAGCCUACUGAUGAUUGGACAUCAUACGAAGUAAAACGUAUUUUUUCAACAGCUGCUACUUAUAAAGAUGCUAUGCGGAAAGAGUCCUUAGCAGUAGCUUUAACAGACUGUGAGGACGAUAGUAAAUCAAAUGAGGAGAGUCAAACUCAAGUAUCAACUCAAUUGAAUAAGGGUUCCAAUAAACAAAAUGUAAUAUCUUCUUCAAGUGAUGAUGAAGAUGAAGAUGAGACCACAGAAAAAAGAUUAAAAAAUGAAAAAAAACUGCCACCAAUGAAAAAUACAGAAGCGGAACAGUUAUCAGUAACAAAAAUAGCGUCGACUUUGCCACAAUUUAAGCCGAUACCAAAGUUGAAGUCAGACCGUGUUGUUGAUCGUGAACAGAAUGAUUUAGAUUCAAAUCAAAAUAUCGCGAAGCCGAAGGUCAAGUCCAACGAAAGUUAUAAUAUUAUGGAUAAAUUGAACUAUAUCAUCCAAAUGCAAGAAGAAAAUGCAAAAAAAACUCAUAGGAUUUUACUUGAAUUAAAAGAUAUUCCAAAGUUGAUUCUCGAACAAUUAAAAGAAGUUUCUCUGAGUAAUAAGAAUGAAGAAAAUUCAAAUGAGAAGGAUUUAUCCUCGCGUUUUCCUUUAAAAACUGAAGAAGAAUUAUCAGCAUUUGAAGGACUGCUAGAAAAUAAUAAUAUCAAGAAAGAAGUGAUUGAUUUACUUGCCAGAAGAGGAGGAAAAGAUGUUGCUACGCUUACCAACAAUAUUUUAGCCAGAGUCAUGGUUGACCAGCUAGCUAAAAAUUUUAGUUUCAAAGGGAAACAAAAAAAAACCGCUUUUUCGUCUUUUGUAUUGUCUAACUGUAUUAUAGCUGCUGUCAUGAAAAUGUUCCCUGAAGCAACAGAAACUGCAGUUGAAUUGAAAAUUGGAUCCUGGUUAGCCAAUGCACCGUUUCGGCAGAAAAAAAAUGAUCAAAAAACUGAAGAAAACGACGGCAACGAGAAAUUUGAAAAGAAAAAUAAAAACGAAGACUAA